UGACGAACUUCCUGCUUCCGUCAUCACGGGUCCUGGAAACUAGAUCAGGGAAACAUGACACCCACUUCACGUGACCGGCUACUUAUAGUAAAGGAAUAAUAAUAACAAUAAACCACGGUUAUCCUGACAGACCGUGAUAAACUCGGACAUGUUUUUACGUUUCCACACGUUUCCUCGGUGUGGAAGAAUGGGACGAAGGAACCGGAGAGAAAAAUGAGGACCAAAACAGCGCUCGUGCGUUAACGUGAACUGUGGAUGUUACUCGGUUUGAACCGAAAUGCAUCGGUUUAUACGGUCAAGAUCAGGUGUAAUCCCUUUGUUAUAAAGGUAAACCCAAUGCAACGCUUGUCUUUAUGCUUCCAUCGGAGCUGAACCGCUUUAAGGGUGCUGUAGAUUACCGACCAUAUAGCACUGAGCUCUUCCGGCAGCACAGGAGGGUUGUAUCCAAACCUGCCGUUAAGGGAGAAUUUAUGGGAUCACAAGUUUCAUCUGAUGAGAUGAGUGUGCGCACAGGCCAGGGCAGCGAUGAAGUACUGGUGUCUCAGGCUGUGUGGGAUUACUUGGCAGCAGCUGGGAGGCCAUGGCUGCUUGACUUUGAGGAUAAACAAGGACUGAGCGCUGGAAUCGUGCGGCGUGGAGAGCGCGGAGGCUGCUGUGCUGUAAGACUCUCACCAGUGGAGGGCAGGCCCAGGGUGAUGGAAAGCCCAGUGUCACCUGCCACACGCAAAGCCUUUAUAGACCUGUGCCGCUGUGCCCGCAAGGAGAUGACCAAACAGGAAGCUGCGCCAAAGAGAAAGCGCUCUCUGUUACCCUGUCUUGGAGCGGUGGAAAAAGACACUGAGGGCACUCUGCUUUCUCCUCCUCCUCCACAGCCGCGUCGAUCGCAGAGGCAGCAGCAAAGGUGCAGAAAAAGCACUGAGAUGGACUCCUGUUCCAUUCUGCCUAUGUUGCACGAAGCCUCAGCAAAGACAGAUUGUGAUUCAGGAGCAGGCAGGUCAAGCGAAGACGACAGUGCCACGUGCUCUAUCUGCAUGGGAGAGAUGCUGGAGAAGACCACUUUGGAGAAGUGCGGCCACUCGUUCUGCCGCUCUUGCCUGGAACAGGCAUUCCAGGUGAAGAAGGCUUGUCCUGUGUGCAGACUCGUUUAUGGCCAGCUUAUUGGGAAUCAGCCAGCAAACGGUAGCAUGAUGGUGGAAAGAGACCCAGACCUGGAGUUGCCUGGGCAUGAGGGCUAUGGCUGCUUAUACAUUAUCUAUAGCUUCCCUCCAGGGUUCCAAUCAUUUGUGUAUAUUGUUUUAUUUUUCCAGCAAGAGCACCCGAACCCUGGGGUGCGAUAUCCAGGCACAGACCGUGUGGCUUACCUACCGGACAGCCCAGAGGGAAACCGUGUAUUGCGACUGUUGCGACGGGCUUUUGAACAGCGGCUCAUAUUCACUAUAGGAACCUCGAUGACCACAGGCAUGCAUAAUGUCAUCACGUGGAACGAUAUCCACCACAAAACCUCUAUAUGGGGUGGACCACGAUGCUUUGGUUACCCAGAUCCUACAUACCUCGUGCGUGUGACCGAGGAGUUACGGGAAAAAGGAAUAACGGCUGACUGAUCGUUUGGAACUCAGCACUUUGGGACAUCUAGUGAUCUGGCAAGUGGACCAGACUGACCACAGACUAUUCAGUGAUACACUGUGUUAAUGUAAAUCACAGCCAUUGUACGGUACCGGGAUGGUCAGAUGGCUUUUCCAAACUCUGAGAUUGUGAUGAUUUGUUUCUUUUUGCUUGAACUAAAAGUGAUUGCUUUCUUGCAAUAAGUGACACGUUAUAAUUGAGUGCAGUGCAUUCCACCAUUUUAUUGGAUACAGAGACGGCACUUUGAAAUUCAAAAGCUCUGUGGUUUGCUGAGAUGACUUUUAAAUGAAGCAGUGACUAACUUCUUUCUGCUGAGGUAGUAGGGAAGUAAACUGUUUUCAUGUUCUAGGCAAAUGGCUUUCUCCUGUUUUCUUUCUGUUUUCUUCCAUCCAGCAGGUUUUCUGUGACUUGCUCAUGUUUUGCUAUCGUCUGGACCAAACCCUAGCUUUUUGUUAGUUUUUCAUAAUCGGCACUACAAGGCACUUUGCAGUUAUAUAUGUUUCUUAACUGUAAUAAUUUGGAAGUAAUUUCUGGUGUGUUUCCAGAUGCGCAGCAUUUUGCGGAUGUAGAGAUGAGUUUAGUGGCUACAAGCUGAUGUCAAUCCUUAAUAUAGAUUUUUUUGCUUUCUUUUUUUUUUUUUUAUCUCAGCUAGAACUAAUCUAAUGUUUGAAGAUAAAAGAAAAAGAAACACUUUUUUUAAUAAAAAAAUUAUUAUUAAUUCAUGGUUAAUGGUUGGAAAAAACUCCAGUGAAGAAUUGCUGCUGUAAUAAGAUCAGCUUUGAAAACAACAACAACAACAACAAGACAAACAAACAAACAAAACUGUUUGGACGGGUUUUUUUUGCAUGUCUGUUAUUGACUUGAAUGUGUAAACGUCUAUAUGAUGUCAUUAAAAAAAAGACCUGUAGGCUCCCAAAUCAAAUGAAAGGCACAAUCGGAUUCUUUUGCGAUGGAAGAUCAUAUUUAAGCCUCAGAUACAGCAAGUGUCAAGUGCUGAAUUUAUUUCAUGUCAGCAGGCUUUCUUCAUUUAUACUAACACACUUAGUGUGAUUCUAUAGCCAUGUGAUUUGUUGCAGCAUCUUCUGGUGAUAUGAAAAUUUUUUUUCUGUAGUAAGAUUUCACCAGUUACAACCUGAAGCACGUUCUGCUGAUGAGUUGAGAACGUUGAUUAAUGACAACAAAUUUAUAUUAUCGUGAAAUGGAAAGAAGAAACACUGACGAUAUCUAAAGCUGUCUGAAAUGUUUUUUUUUUUAUAUAUAUAUAUAUAUAAAUCUUCCUCCUCAUUUUGUUUUAAGGGACCAACACAAAGAUCAUUUUGGAUGACACAGUAACACCAAUCAUGCAAAAUUCUAUGCAGUUCAUUUUAAUGGAGGAAGAAGUAAACCUCUUAAAGAAAAUCGAUUGUUAUUCAGAGUUCAUGUUUUGCCUUUACGACUGUGUUGAUUUGUACACGAAACACCUGUCUGCUACAAUAUGUGCUUUAUGUUUUCAUACUUGAAUAAAGAGUUCUGUUCAGUUGC